UUCAACCACCUCAACUCCAUAAGCCUUUAAGCCCCAAUUAAGAAUGGGUAUCAUGAUUAUCAUCGCUGUUCUUCUUUUUGUGGACUCAUGUUUCAACAUUGUUGAAGGAAGAAUCCCUGGUGUUUACUCUGGUGGUUCAUGGCAAACUGCACAUGCUACAUUUUACGGUGGAAGUGAUGCUUCUGGAACAAUGGGUGGUGCCUGUGGUUAUGGAAAUUUAUACAGCCAAGGAUACGGAGUUAACACAGCAGCACUAAGUACUGCUUUGUUUAACAAUGGAUUAAGUUGUGGAGCUUGCUUUGAACUUAAAUGUACAAAUACUCCUAAUUGGAAAUGGUGUCUCCCUGGAAGCCCUUCAAUUUUAAUCACAGCUACCAAUUUCUGCCCACCAAACUACGCAUUGCCAAAUGAUAAUGGUGGCUGGUGCAAUCCUCCUCGCUCUCACUUUGAUCUCACUAUGCCUAUGUUUCUCAAGCUUGCUCAGUACCGUGCUGGCAUUGUUCCUGUUACUUAUCGCAGGAUACCAUGCCGCAAGCAAGGAGGAAUCAGGUUCACAAUCAAUGGUUUCCGUUACUUUAACUUAGUCUUGAUCACGAAUGUAGCAGGUGCAGGAGAUAUUAUUAAAGUUUGGGUAAAAGGAACAAAGACUAAUUGGAUUCCAUUGAGCCGUAAUUGGGGUCAAAAUUGGCAAUCAAAUGCGGUUUUAACUGGUCAAUCACUCUCUUUCAGGGUUAAAGCUAGUGACCACCGCUCUUCUACUUCAUGGAAUAUUGUUCCUUCUCAUUGGCAAUUUGGCCAAACUUUCACCGGAAAGAAUUUCAAAAUAUAAAAUCCAAAAAAAAAAAAAAAAGUGAAUGGAGGGGAAGAAUAGAGUUACAUUUAAAGGGUAUUGUUAUUUAAUUUGUGGGAAA